ACUACUGCUACUGCUACUCGUGCGUGUGUCGCUUGAUUCUUGAUUCGUGUUUAAACAUUGUUUUGUUUGAGGUUAAUUUUGAAGUACAUUCAAAGACUCGUCAACGAAUUAUCUAUUACUUUAUUAGUUAUUACGAGAUUUUAGCGGUUUUAAAAACAUGAACCCUGACAGCAACAGCGAAUCUAAGCAAACAUUCAAGCGGAAAAAACAGCGCUCCUUCAUUACAAAAGUCAAGAAGAGAUUUAAAUCCGGAAAUUUUUGCAAAGGAGUGAGAGUAGAUUCUGUAGAACAUGAUUACUUUGUAAGAAUCUUUGAAUUAGAUAGAAACUUCAAUGGAUCAACUGAAGAAAAAAAGGUUUUUGCCAACAAUGCGCUGGCUCAAACAGAAGGAAAAGAAGUUAACUACUCAUCAAAUCAACUCAUCUCCAGGGUUAUUGAAAAUCUUCUUCCCCUUGCUUCUGAUUCUGCUCUGGAACGGUUUUUUGAUGCUUUUGCCUCCAACUUGCGACCAAUCUGUGUUCAUGAAUUCGCCAGUCAUGUGUUGCAAACAGUGAUGAUUGUAGCUGCCCAACACUCUCAGGAAGUCUCUGAUGAUGACUCUAAACACCAAACCAAGUGUCAAAUAUGGUUGGAUAAAGUAGCCAGGUUUUUGCUGAACAACAUAGAAGAAUUUAUGUCGGACAGUUUUGCAAACCCAUGUCUCCGGACUGCCAUGUUUUGUUUGGCCGGGGUUCCACAAUUGGAUAAACAUUUCAAGAAAGAAGAAGAAUCCAGCAUAGAAUCCAAAAUAACGUCGGCUAAAGUAUCGGACGAGUUUUUAGAGCUGUUGGCGGAAUUUUACACUCGUAUUUCUAAAUGGCCUCAAUUUAAAAGCAAAGAUUUUUUGGAAAACCACCUAUCGUCCGGCUACAUACAAGCGCUUCUCCAAGUUUUAAAAGCCGCAGGACAGAAACAUUUGUACAAACAGUUGUUCACUCAGAUCUUGAAUGAUUGCUUCCCCAACGGAAUGUCAGCAAUGUCGCCUAGUAUGUUGGCAGUUCUAGAAGUUAUGAUUGGCCACAGCAAGCCCAAACCUCUACGAACACUAUACAAGAAGGUUCUCCAGCCGCGGCUCGUAGAAAUGUCAUCAGCCCAGAUCGGCAACAUUGCUAUUCAGAAGUUUAUCAGUAGUUGUUCUGAUUCAGAACUGUUUACCGAAGUGAUGGACCAGUUGAGACCACAUUUUUCUUCAGUCAAUAAAAAUGUCCUCGUCAGUUUGGCUGUGGGCUGCAGAAGACUACAAACAGGUCAAUCAUACUUUGUACAGUCCCUUCUGAAGAUGUUGAACUGUGAUAAUGCGAGUGGUGAUCAGAAGCAGUUGGUGUCGGCUGUGUUGUCUCUGCAGCCUUUACCUCAUGAUAAGCCCACAACACCCACGAGGCCCGGGUCUCAGGUCCUGCAGGCAAUGUUGCACUUCCAGAAGCCGAUCAAGUUUGUCAACUCUCUCCUAGCCCAUGAACCAGCAGAGUUGGCAGUUGUACUGUCCUCCAUCUAUGGAUCUUUUAUCACCAAAGACUUCCUGCAGUCUGAGCUCAUAUCAGAAAAGAACAAACAGAAACUAAUAAAGAAACUUCUGGGUCACUAUGUGGAACUGGCACAGACCAAGUUUGGGUCUCGCAGUUUUGACGACUUGUGGAAGGCAGCUGACGACAAGAACAAAGUGGCGAUUGUGAAGGACUUGGCUCCAUCGCACUCUCAACUGCUAGCCUCUCACACGGGGCAGUUUGUAGCUACCAAGGUGUACCUGGCGGAGUUCAAGAACCUGGGUGUCGACGAGUGGACCAAGAGAGUCAAGAGGCAACAGUCAGCUCAGAAGCUGUUCUCGCCUUUGAUUGGUAAUGUUAAAUAAAACUUUUUG